AUGAACAAUAUCACUAAAAUCUGUGUUUUGGUCGAUUGGAGUCAGGCGUUUGUAGACACAGACGGGAGUUUUUAUGGUGGCGAGACGGAACAGGAGAUCGACAAAGCGUGUCAACUAGUAGACAUGUGUGAACGCGUCAUAUACUUUACUGACGUCCACAGUGCUUAUUGUUCCGAGUUCACGACUAAUGGUGGAGUAUACCCUGUCCACAAUUUAGUAGACAAAGAUUUGAGGAUCAUCAAGACAAAUGCAAGUGCGCGUCUGACAAAACGAAUACAAGAGCACGUCAAUAAGAAGAACCUCCGAUGUGGUAUUGUUAUACCGAACAACGUGAUCUAUCAGACGGAGAAUGACGCUUUAGACAUCGACGAUAUAUUAAAAACCUUUGAUAAUCCUCAACGAAUUAUAACGCCAAGAGACUAUAACUAUGAGUAUAUCAUUAGUUGUAAACACUUUUUCAAUGGGACUGGAUUACAAGUCCUUCCUCGUGGAAAUCCAGAAGAAGAAUUCACAGGUGCGACACUCUAUCAAUUCCAAUUCGGGGCCGGAGAAAACGUCGAGUUUUAUUUGACUGGUGUUGUCACUGGGAUAUGUGUACUUCACACGGCUGCUGGUCUCAGACAGAUGUUUCCCAAAGCUAAAAUCGUGAUUGUCAAAGACGCUUGCCAUCCACUCUUAGGAAGGCAGUUUGGCAUUGUCGACGAAACGCAGAGCGACAUGAUCAUGAGUGCUCUAUGCACACAGAUCAACGUCUUAUAUCGUGGGAUUGACAAAGUCACUAAUUUAUGA